GAGAGCAGAACCACUGAGAAUAGGUGCCUACGCUUCGACUGUGCGGCAAUUUAACCAAGCACAGAGGAAAAUACUUGGUGAAAUUAAGAAUUCGAAGUGUCGGAAGGAAUAUUGGCGGCCCUGACUGGUGACGCUAACCGAAUGUAGCCUGGGAUCUGUGAUUCUGCUAAAUAAUCCAGUCCGGUAACAAUGGCGUAUUCACAAAGCAACAACGCCUUGAAAUUCACGGUGAUAUUUUUUAUUUUCCUCGUCUGUGCACUGGAUGUGGUUUCUGGGCAGAUUCGCUAUUCGGUUUCCGAAGAAGAGGAGCAGCGCUCUAUCAUUGGUAAUAUUGCUGAAGAUUUGGGAAUGGAUACUGGAACAUUUUUAGUUCGGAAAGGUCGUCUGGUCUCUGACUACACAAAGCGCUAUUUAGAAAUAAAUUUGCAAAAUGGGAUGUUAUUUGUCAAUGAGAGAAUGGAUAGAGACCAACUUUGUGGACCAAUUCCCAUUUGUAUUAUUUCUUUCCAAAUUGUUUUUGAAAAUUCUCCCGAAAUGUACCGCGGUGAAGUGGAGAUUGUUGAUAUUAACGAUAAUGCUCCCAGUUUUCCGGAGAGUACCAUUCUCUUACAGAUGGCCGAAAGCAUUGCAGCAGGCUCGCGAUUCCCACUAGAGAGCGCCCUAGAUCCAGACGUGGGGAUAAACUCAGUCACGACUUACAGCCUCAGCCAAAAUGCACACUUCAGUUUACAAGUGGAGACUGCAGAAGACGGUGCUAAAACUAUCGAGUUGCUGUUGGAGAAACAGUUGGACCGCGAAAGUCAGGCAUCUCUUCAGCUGUUGCUGACAGCCACCGACGGGGCGAGUCCUCACAGAUCGGGGACUGCUCAGAUUCUCGUUACAGUGUUGGACAGCAACGAUAACGCGCCUGUAUUCGAUCGUAAAGUCUAUAAGGUCAACCUAGUAGAAAAUUCUCCCAGGGGAACCUUAAUAGUUACAGUCCAUGCCACUGAUCCAGACGAAGGUUCGAAUGCUGAGGUAACCUAUACUUUCAGUAACCGUGUUUCACAGAAAAUGCAUGAAUUGUUCUAUUUGGAUCCGCGAACAGGAGACAUUACUGUUCAAGGAAUGCCUGAUUUUGAAGAAGCAGGUAGUUAUUCGCUUGAUAUUCAAGCUGUAGACCAUGGUUCGCCAGAAAUUGCAGGGCAUUCUAAAGUCUUAAUUAAAGUAACUGACGUGAAUGAUAACGCCCCUGAGGUAAAAGUGACCGUAGUAUCUAACAUGGUGCCAGAAGAUGCAGCACAAGGGACACUGGUAGCUUUAAUCAAUGUAAUAGAUCGUGAUUCUGGACAAAACGGACAGGUCCACUGUCAGAUUCCUUUGGACAUUCCCUUCAAGCUUCAAACAUCUUUGAGCAACAAGUACAAGUUGAUUACUAGCGGCUUGUUGGAUCGCGAAGUUAAUCCUUUGUACAAUAUACCUAUUACAGCAUGGGACCUGGGGUCAUCACCACUAUCAACAAAUAAAACCAUCCAGAUCUCUCUUUCUGACGUAAAUGACAACUAUCCCCGGUUUGCUCGACCCACGUACACUAUAUAUGUGAUGGAGAACAAUGCUCCGGGUGCUUCAAUUUCCACAGUGAAUGCGUUCGAUCCUGAUAUGAAUCAGAAUUCACAUAUUACCUACUCCUUCACGACAAAUCUUAUUCAAGAUUUGCCAGUGGAUACGUACCUCAAUAUUAAUUCCAUGAACGGGACCAUUUACGCACUGCGCUCUUUUGACUAUGAACAACUAAAAAACUUCCAGGUCCAAGUUCAAGCCCGUGAUGAGGGAGUUCCUUCAUUGAGUAGCAGCUCAACAGUCAAAGUGAUUAUCCUGGAUCAAAAUGACAAUGCUCCAGUCAUUAUUUCACCGUCAGCACAGAGCGGAUUAGCAGCGGAAGUGAUUGUGCCUCAGGCAGCGAGCCAGGGUUACUUGGUCACCAAGAUAAUUGCAACUGAUGCUGAUUCUGGUCAGAACGCACGGCUAUUCUACCAAGUGCUGAAAGCCAGUUACUCCAGUUUGUUCAACGUGGGGCAUAACACUGGCGAAAUCAGAACAACGCGAGGCAUUUUGGAGCAAGAUGCCUCAACACAUUCUCUGGUCAUCUUGGUGAGGGAUAAUGGACAACCAAGCCUCUCCAGCACCAUUGCAAUCAUCUUUUUGAUUAUGGGAAAUGUCACUGAAAUGUUCUCCGAGGCUAGUAAUUUCGUUACAAAUUCUGAACAUGUGUCAGAUAUAAAUCUUUAUUUAAUUGUCAUUUUAGGUUCAACUUCGUUUAUAUUUUUUGUAACCAUUAUCUUGUUGAUUGGCAUUAGAUGUAAACAAGGCAGAAAUAAUAUCGAAGACUACAACUCCCCAGGUUGCUGCUACAGACUCGAUGAUUCCAAUGAUGUUUAUAACCCGACACCUACCCUGAAUGAAUCUUUAAAGUAUACUGGGGCUGGUGAGAUUGUUCGUGUCCCUGAAACGCAUCAUUAUGCGGUUUGUUUGUCUCCGGAAUCAGCAAAGAGUGAUUUUCUGUUUUUGAAACCCUACACUCCGCCCAUAUCUCAGGACUAUUUACAGUUCAUUACAGAAUCAUCAUUCACCACCGCCUUAAAAUACAAGCUAUUCGAUCUAAUAUUACUUCUGCUUUUGUCAGACCUGGCUUUCGGAAAAAUUCGCUACUCCAUUCGCGAGGAAAUGGAGCCUGGCGCUUUUGUUGGAAAUAUCGCGGAAGAUUUAGGAUUGAACGUCCGCAGGUUGUCAGGUCGACAAUUCCGACUGGCGUCUGCUGAUAAAAGGCAGUGUCUGAAGGUAAAUAUAGAGACGGGUGCUUUAUUUACGAAGGAAAGGAUAGAUCGAGAGAAACUGUGUGGACAGAUGUCAGUUUGUGUACUCCCUUUCGAGAUUGUCGUAGAACAACCUUUGGAGAUGUUCCGCGGGGAAGUGGAGAUUGUUGAUAUUAACGACAAUGCGCCCAGUUUCCCGGAGAGUACCAUACUUUCACAAAUGGCGGAAUCCAUAACAACAGGCUCCCGAUUUCCGCUAGAGAGCGCUCUCGAUCCAGACGUGGGAAUGAAUACCGUCAUGACUUACAGCCUCAGCCCAAAUGCGCACUUCAGUCUACAAGUGGAGACCGCCGAAGAUGGUGCAAACAUUGUCGAGCUGUUGUUGGAGAAACCGUUGGAUCGCGAAAGUCAAUCAUCUUUUCAACUGGUGCUGACAGCCGCCGACGGAGGGAGUCCUCCCAGAUCCGGGACCGCUCGUAUUCUCAUUACAGUGCUGGACAGCAACGAUAAUGCGCCCGUAUUCGAUCGCAAAGUUUACAGGGUCGACCUGGUAGAGAACUCACCCAGGGGCACCUUGGUGGCUACAGUCCAUGCCACUGAUCCAGACGAAGGUUCGAAUGCUGAGGUAACCUACACUUUCAGUAACCGUGUUUCACAGAGUGUACAAGAAUUGUUCAGCUUGGAUUCUCGAACGGGAGAGAUUAGAAUCCAAGGUGCAAUUGAUUAUGAAGAAGAUGACACGUAUUCUCUGGAUCUUCAAGCUCUGGACAAUGGUUCACCUGUAAUUUCAGGGCAUUGUAAAGUCGUGAUUAGGGUAAUUGAUGUGAAUGAUAAUGCCCCAGAAAUUUUACUGACGUCUGUGGUUAGCAUGGUUCCAGAAAGUGCUACUGUUGGGACUGUAACAGCUUUGAUCAACGUAAUAGAUCGUGAUAGUGGAAAAAACGGACAGGUGCACUGUAAAGUCCCGAUGAACGUUCCUUUUAAACUUCAAAUCUCUUCAAGUACCCAUUAUAAAUUGAUAACCACAGCGCCACUGGAUCGUGAAGCUACUCCUGGAUAUAAUGUAUCCAUUUUAGCCUGGGACUCGGGGAGGCCCUCUUGGUCAUCAAAUAAAACCGUCCAGAUUUCCGUUCUUGACGAAAAUGAUAACGCUCCAAUGUUUGUGCGACGCACGUACACAGUGUAUGUGACAGAGAACAACUUUCCGGGUGCUUCUAUUUUCACUGUGACUGCGUCCGACCCUGACCUGGAUCAGAAUUCCUAUGUCUUUUAUUCUUUCAAAGAGACCUUUGGAGAUUCACCGGUGGCCACCUACCUUAAAGUCAAUUCUAUGAACGGGACCAUUUACGCACAGCGCUCAUUUGACUAUGAACAGUUGAAGAGCUUCCAGGUCCAAGUUCAAGCCCGUGAUGCUGGAGUUCCUCCACUGAGCAGCAGCGCAACACUCAAUGUAAUUAUCCUGGAUCAAAAUGACAACGCUCCAGUCAUUGUUUCACCGUCAGCACAGAGCGGAUCAGAAGCGGAGGUGAUCGUGCCUCAGUCAGCGAGCCAAGGUUAUUUGGUCACCAAAAUAAUCGCAACUGAUGCCGAUUCCGGUCAGAACGCACGGCUAUUUUACCAGGCGGUGAAAGCCACUGUUCCCAGUUUAUUCAGUGUGGGGCUUAACACUGGCGAAAUCAGAACAACCCGAGCCAUUUUGGAGCAAGAUGCCUCCACACAAUCUCUGGUCAUCUUGGUGAGGGAUAAUGGGCAGCCCACCCUCUCUAGCACCCUUACAAUCGUCUUGUUACUUUUUGGCAAUAUGACUGAAAGAUCUUCAGAUCAGAACAAUCUGGUCAGGGAAACUGAACAACAUUCCCAGUUAAAUCUUUAUUUGAUCAUCACUUUGGGAUCAACAUCUUUUUUAUUCCUUGCAAUUAUCAUUUUCCUUUUUGGCAUCAAGUGCAAACAAGACAGGAGUUUUCCUAAAGCCAACUCCACAAUAUGUUGUUGUAAAUCAGAAGAUUCCAUUGAUGGAUUUAGUCAAAGACCCGAGCCGAAAGCUUCUACAAAUUACUGUGGGCAAACUCUGCCCGUUUCUGACACUUAUCGUUAUACUGUCUGUUUAUCACCAGAAUCAUCCAAGAGCGAUUUUUUGUUCCUAAAGCCUUGCAAUCCUACCUUGCCACAGGAGCUGGAAAGCAUUCAGAGCAGAACAAUGGCGAAUUUGCAGAGCAACGACGCCUCAGCAUUCAAAACGUUCGCUUUUAUUUUUCUGUUAAGUACACCAGAUUUGAUUUUUGGACAAAUUCGUUAUUCGUUUCCCGAGGAGCUGGAACCAGAUGCUUUAAUUGGGAAUAUCGCUAGGGACUUGGGACUGAAUGCACGGCAACUGUCAGCUCGCAAAUUCCGACUCUCCUCUGAUGCUGGAAGCCAGUAUAUGAAGGUUAGUGUGGAUAAUGGCGAUUUAUCCAUUCGCGAGAGAAUCGACAGGGAACAUAUCUGUGGACCAGUAGCUAGAUGUGUUCUUCCUUUUGAAGUGGUAGUAGAAAAUCCUUUCGAGAUUUAUCGCGGUGAAGUGGAGAUUUUGGACAUAAAUGAUAAUGCGCCCAGUUUCACGGAUAGCACCAUUACCCUACAGAUGGCUGAAUCAAUUGCACCAGGGGCACGCUUCCCACUCGAGAGUGCGCAGGAUCCGGACGUUGGGAUAAAUGCUGUCACCACCUAUACACUCAGUUCCAACCAGCACUUCGGCCUAAAAGUGCAGACAACGGAGGACGGCGUUAAAAUUGUCGAAUUAUUGUUGGAGAAAGCUCUGGACCGCGAGCAGAAUCCGUCCUUUCAGCUUGUACUGACAGCUACUGAUGGAGGGACUCCUCCCAGAUCUGGUACCGUCCAGAUCCUCAUUACCGUAUUGGAUAGUAAUGAUAACUCGCCAGUUUUCGAUCGUGCAAUUUACCGGAGUAGCUUAGCAGAAAACUCACCUAAGGGAACCUUGGUGAUCAGGGUCAGCGCUAAUGAUUUGGACGAAGGUUCGAAUGCUGAGGUAACCUAUUCUUUCAGCAAACUUGCCUCCCCACGGGUGAGAGAAUUAUUUCGUUUGAACCCCAGAACAGGGGAGAUCAAAGUCGAAGGAACAGUAGACUUUGAAAAAACAAACAGUUAUUCACUUGAUGUACAAGCUGUGGACAAAGGCUCACCUGCAAUUGCGGGACAUUCAAAAGUCCUUAUUAAGGUCAUUGAUGUAAACGACAACGCCCCCGAGAUAAAGGUGACACCUGUGUCCAGCACAGUCUCCGAGGAUGUUGCGCCAGGAACUUUGAUAUCUUUGAUCAAUGUAAUGGAUCAGGAUUCUGGUAAAAAUGGGCAGGUAAACUGUCAGAUUUCAAAGCUCAUCCCGUUUAAGCUUCAAGAAUCUUCUAGCAACCAUUACAAAUUGAUUUCCAGCGGUUUGCUGGAUCGUGAAACAGUCUCUACUUAUGACAUAUUAUUUUUAGCCAGGGAUUCGGGGUCUCCAUCACUAUCAACAAAUGUAACCAUCAGGAUUUCGGUUUCUGAUGUAAAUGAUAAUGCCCCUCAAUUUGCCCAAAUGUCGUACACCGUGUAUGUGAUGGAGAACAAUGCACCCGGUGCCUCGGUUUUCAGAGUCACUGCUCUGGAUGCAGACACGGACGGGAAUUCCUUUGUUUCCUAUGAUAUAAUGGCAAGCAAGGUCCAAGAUUUUCAAGCAUCUUCUUUGAUCAAUGUUAACUCCAAUAAUGGGGACAUUUACGCACUGCGCUCUUUUGACUACGAGCAAAUGAAGAGCUUCCAGGUCCAAGUUCAAGCCCGUGAUUCUGGAGUUCCUCCGCUGAGCAGCAGUGCAACAGUCAAUGUGAUUAUUCUAGAUCAAAAUGACAAUGCUCCAGUCAUUGUUUCACCCUCUGCACAGAGUGGAUCAGCAGCGGAGAUAAUCGUGCCUCAGUCAGCCGGCCAGGGUUACUUGGUCACCAAAAUAAUUGCAACUGAUGCUGAUUCUGGUCAGAACGCUCGGCUGUUUUAUCAAGUCAUAAAAACCACUGAUCCCAGUUUGUUCACUGUCGGGCCUAACUCUGGAGAAAUCAGAACAGCCCGAGAUAUUUUGGAGCAAGAAGCGUCCAGGCAACGGUUAGUGGUAUCGGUGAAAGACAAUGGGCAGCCAAGCCUCUCCAGCACUGCUACAAUCCUCUUCUCAAUCUUGGCGAACUUUACUGAACGAUUCGAUGAAAGUAAAACCUUUGUCAGUAAUCCUGAAGAUAUAUCUGAUUUAAAUCUCUAUUUAAUUGUGGCUUUAGGUUCAACUACCUUAAUAUUUCUCGUGACCAUAAUUUUCCUGAUUGGAAUCAAAUGUAAACAGGACAGAGGCAUCAUUGAAAAUUACAGCUCCCCAGUAUGUUGCUGCACACGGGAGGAUUCAAAUUAUUCAUAUACUGAACGACCUGUAGCAACAGAUCCUUUAAAUUAUGCCGGUGUUGGCGAAAUUGGUCCCAAUGCUGAACCAUAUCGCUAUACAGUUUGCCUUUCUCCGGAAUCUUCCAAGACUGAUUUUUUGUUCUUGAAACCUUUUACUUCAACUUUGCCACAAACAAUGGCGAAAUCGCGGUGGUGUGGAACGUCCUUUAUUUGCCUGCUUUGUGCGUUCGACCUGGUUACGGGACAAAUUCGCUACUCUAUCCCUGAGGAACUGGAACGCGGGGCCUUUGUUGGGAAGAUCACGGAGGAUUUAAAACUAGAAGCUUGGGAAUUGUCUGCUCAUAAAUGCCGGCUUGUGGCCAACGAGGGAAAACAGUAUAUUGAGGUAAAUCUGGAGGACGGGAAUUUAUUUGUCAAUGAAAGAAUCGACAGAGAACAGAUUUGCAUGCAAAGCUCUACUUGUUCCCUUUCUUUUGAAUUAGAGCUCCAUAAUCCGUCGGAAAUGCAUCGAGUUGUUGUGGAAGUACUAGACAUAAAUGAUAAUUCUCCUCAAUUUUCCAAGGACGAAUUUUCUUUGCAAAUCAGUGAGCUAAUUGCACCAGGGGCGCGGUUUCCUCUUGAGAGUGCGCGUGACCCGGAUGUAGGGACAAACACGAUCAGCACGUAUCAAAUCAGUCCAAACGAACAUUUCCGUAUUAUAGUGCAGACCAGAAGUGAUGGCAGUAAGAGUGCUGAGUUGAUAUUGGACAAGUCAUUAGAUCAUGAACAGCAGUCUGCCUUUCAUCUGACAUUGACAGCUAUCGACGGUGGAAUUCCUCCCAGAUCUGGCGCGGCUCGAGUGAUUAUUAUCGUCGUGGACAUCAAUGAUAAUGUACCUUUAUUCGAUCGUGAAAUAUACAAGUCGACUAUAGCAGAAAACAGUGCUAAAGGCACCUUAGUUGCAACAAUUAACGCUGUUGAUUUGGAUGAAGGUACGAAUGCUGAGGUAACAUAUUCUUUUACCCAUCACGUAUCCGAAAGAAUUCGCGGGUUGUUCACAUUGGAACCAAACAAUGGAGAGAUUCGAGUUGAAGAGGUAUUAGAUUUUGAAGAAUCGCCUGUUUAUGAACUUGCUGUACAAGCUGUAGAUAAAGCUAUACCUGGACUAGCAGGAUAUGCCAAAGUUAUGGUUAAUUUAAUUGACCGAAAUGACAACUUCCCCGUGAUAGACGUAACGUCAGUAUCCAGCACAGUUUCUGAGGAUACUGUACCUGGGACUGUAAUAGCUGUCAUCACCGUGACAGAUUUAGAUUCGGAGAAAAAUGGGAACGUUCAUUGUAAAGUUACUACAGAUGUUCCAUUUCAACUGCAAAGGUCUUUCAGGAAUAAAUUUGAAUUGGUAACACGCGAUCAGCUGGAUCGUGAAAGAGUGUCAUUCUACAACAUAUCUCUCUCAGCCUGGGACGAGGGUUCUCCCACACUUUCAACCCAUAAAACAGUUUUGAUUGAACUUUCUGACAUCAAUGACAAUGCACCGAGGUUCACACAAUCAUCAUAUAACGUUUAUUUGAUGGAGAACAACACGCCUGGUGCUUCUAUAUUUGCAGUUACCGCUUUAGAUUCUGAUACAGACAAGAAUGGUGACGUGGUGUAUUCUAUUUCGGAGAAUAGUAUGCAAAAGGGUCCUGGAUAUGUCACGAUUAACUCUGAAAAUGGUAAUAUUUACUCACUUCGCUCCUUUGACUAUGAACAUUUGAAACAAUUCCAGAUUUAUGUUCAAGCCCAGGAUUUGGGCUCCCCACGACUGAGUAGCACUGCCACCGUGCAUGUUAUUAUUUUGGAUCAAAAUGACAACGUGCCAGUUAUUAUCUCACCCCUAGUGUGGAACAGUUCAGUACUAUUGGAGAUUACACCACAGUUAGUACAUGUAGGAUACUUAGUUACCAAGAUAAUCGCCACUGAUGCCGAUUCUGGGCAAAAUGCACGGCUUUCCUACCAGUUUUUGGAGGACACUGAUUCCAGUAUGUUUAGUGUGGGUCAUCUAUCUGGAGAAAUUAGAGCAAUACGAAAUAUUAGAGAACACGAAUUCGCUACAGAAAGAUUAAUUCUCCUUGUGAAGGACAAUGGACAGCCAAGUCUCUCCAGUACCGCCACAAUCUCCUUUAUAAUUGUAGCCAAUGUUACAGAAAAAUCUUCCGAACUAACUGACAAACCAAGAUCAUCGGAAUAUUUUUCGGUACCUAAUCAUUAUUUAAUUAUUAUUCUAGGAUCAACAUCAUUUGUGUUUCUUGUUGCCAUCAUUUUACUCGUCAUCUUGAAGUUUAAACAAGACGGAAGUGUUGCCAAAACCUACAACUCCAGUGAACUUUGUCACAAAAGCAACAGUUCGAAUGGCAGUUCUUAUCAUAGAACUGCCCCAAAUGAGUCAUUAAAUUAUACUGGACAUGUUCAAAAUGAAAGCUAUCAUUACACCAUCUGUUUAUCUCCAGAAUCAUCGAAAAGCGACUUUCUGUUUUUAAAGCCCUGUCAUCCUACCUUGCCAUUCAAAGAAACGAAUGUCCAGGACACCAACACGAUGAUUUAACUUAGACAACGAACUUUUCCGUCAUCACGCGAAUGAAGAAUUUACAUUAAAGGUUGAAAAAUCAGAUUCAUUUUGCAUAUUUGAUUAGUUGUUUCUCUUGGUAUAGAAGGCUUGAUAGACUAAAUUUAUUUCAUGUUGUUCCCAUACUGCAGCAUGAUUGUAGUGCUGAAUAUACCUCCCUCUUUUUCGCAAUGCUUGGCAGUGCAUGUGGUGUAAACAUUCACCUGAAGUCUGACUCAAUUUUAAAUUUAUGCUUCUGUCAUUUCCCUCAGUGUUGCACUGUUGGAUUAGUUGUUGUAUAUAUAUAUUCAAAUUGUUAUUAUUAUAGGACAUAAUUUGAAUGUCUUGGAUGAAUUUAUCAAUGAUCGUACAUUUUGAAUAUUUUAGAACUCACGGUGAAUUGAAAUAUUUACCCUUGCAAGUUGUGACUACACUGAUUGAUUCUAAGUAAACAAUUCCCUUGGGUUCUGGGCUAAAACUUGAUCAGCAGUUGGAAACAAAAACAGCUUGCUAAAACCAAACCAAACCCUGAAAUGAGAGAACUGGCCACUCUCAUAUCAUUGUACAAGUGUUUUAAAAGAAAGACUUAAAAACAUUUGCAGAUUUACCCAGGCCUAUUGGAACUGACCGCAUGAUCUCUCUGUAAUAAAAAAAUAACAUUAUCUUGUUAAACGAGCAGCAUUGUCACGAAAAGUGCAAGUACAAAUUUGCAGUUGUAUAGCCCACACACUGAGUUCCAGUACACGUCAGUAUGCACACCCAAAUCCCUCAAGAAUCUCUCCUGAUAAAAUCAGAAUUUAUGCAGAAUUAAAAUACAGUAUAAUGUCAACCAGGAAGUUCUUACCCCUCGAUUAACUUCUUAACUGAAGGCUAUACUGUGUCAAAUAUCAUGAGAUUCGUCUUAAUAUUGUGAAUUGCUGAACUAAACAUAGUUGUGAAGUUUAUUGAAUCGAUGGAAUUUGUAAACCAGCUUAAUUUAUAAUGUGUAUUCCAAUCAUAAAAGAGAAUUGUUCUGUCAGUGUUAUCUGCAGCAAACCUUCACUAACUGGUCAUUUCUCGAGGUUGUUUAUUUAAUCUUUCAUGGGAACACUUAAGUGAAAUCUUGCCUCAAUGGUAAAGUUUUAAAAAUCAGAAUGAUGGAAAGAGUAAGGACAAAAUAAUUCUGAUCCUACCGAAAUAUCUCUCUUCUGAAUAAAGUCAAUGCGACCUGAGCAGU